UCACAAGGACCUUCAGUCCUUUUCUUACCUUUUAUCAAAAGGAUGUACCAGUGAUUCCGUUCCUUGCCAAAGACUUGGCUGAGAUGAUGAAGAGUAUGCUGAGGCGUUUUGUCAAGAAAGAGGGAUUCAAGGAUAUGAGUUCACUGCAGCUGGUCAGGCUGGAUGUCAGUGACAAACAGAGCUGGGUCAACCUAAAGGAAGUAAACAUGGGAUUGGGUGCAGAAUCACUCCUUAAGGAACUACAGAAACAGAAAAAGAUAGGUGAACUCACAGCCCUGGAGUUUAGGAAAGACUGUGUCAAGGUGAUGUGUACCAUCACCCAGAAAGUACAGGAAAAGUGCCCAGUAAAGUAUCCUGUAGUGAGGCAGGUGGCCUGUUUGGACCCCAGCAUAAUGAUGUCUGACCCUGACUGGUGCAAGAGCAAUAUGACAAAACUGGUGCAGAGUUUUUUGCAAGCCCAACAGUUGUCAGGAGGUGUCUCUGCUGGUGAUGUUAUAAUCCAGCAAUUCAAUAAAUUUUUAUCUGUUGAAAAUGAGAGCUUAUUCUCAUACAAACCAACAGAAACGAGGCUAGACAUAUUCCUGCAUGGAGUUCUUGGGCAGCGCGAUGAGUUAUGGAGCUUUGCAAGAAACUGCUUCUCCUGUCCCAUGGGCAGGCAACAGUGGAGAGAGGAUUCUCCAUUAAUAAAGAAGUGGAGACCUGCAAUAUGCAGGAGGAGACAAUGGUCAGUCAUCGACUAAUAUGUGAUUGUCAGCAUCUGUGGGGGGCUCCUCAAUGUCCCUAUCUCAAAGGAGUUACUGGCCUCUGCUGCAUCUGCUAGUUCAAGAUACAGAAUGCACCUUGAUCAGCAGAAAAAAAAUCCAAAUCACUGAUGUCCAGGCACAGAAGCCCAAAGCUUUGGAAGACGACAUCGAGGACCUGAAAAAAAGAAGAGAAUACUGGUCCAGGUAUCUUCGAGCCUGCAGAAGCAUGCUGACCAGCUUGCAGAAGAAGCUGAGGGAAAAGCUGGCACCUUGAUGGCACAGCUCAUUACAAAAUCCACCACACUGAGGAAGCGAUAUAAAGAAAAAACAAAUGAAUUACAGCAAAUUGAGACAGAGUUGGAUACAAAGGGCAAAGAACUGAGAUCUAUACAGUAAAAACCCAAUGUUCCGAUUAUUGGCAUGCAGUGUACAUGCCUCAUGUUACUGCUGUGCAGUUUGUCUGUCGAUGUUCUGCCUAAUGUUUAGUCAGUCUUUGCACUAUGUUUUGCAAUUUAUUGUUCUUUCACGCCUUCAAUAUGUCAAUAAACAAUGUGUGUUAAGGAUCUUAAUUGGUGGUAUUGUUUACUGUUUGAAAAUUUGUUGAUAUGAAAUUGGUCUUAAAUUUAAUUCUGCAUGGUAUUAAAAAGGUCUUAAAAAGUCUUAAAUCUAAC